UCUCAGGGUUGUCCACACGGAGCCUCUGGCAAUUCACCAACUACAAUCCGAGUAAUCCUUAAGAUACUGCACUGGCAGCAGAGGACUCAGCCCCAGGGAACUUUGGACAGAGACACACUUACGGGACAACGCCGUCUGAAGAGACACAGGGAGAAGACAGCCAUCUGCCAGUCAAAGAGAGGAGCCUGGAAUAUAGCCUUCCCCCGUGGCCCGCAGGAGGAGCUGACCCUGCUGAUUUCGUCUGGGACGUCUAACCUCCAGAAUUGCACUGAGUUCUGGGAACCACGUGUUUUCACUUUAUAAAUAUCAGGGCGUGCUGCCCUGUUUCCAGCAGCCAUUGGACUUCGGCAUGAUCGCUUCUCCGUUGCUGGCUUAUGUGGCGAUGUUUGUUUUCUGUGUCUCAAAAACCAGCUCUCUGGACACUUUUAUUGCAGCUGUUUAUGAGCAUGCGGUGCUAUUGCCUAGCACCACCCUCACACCAGUGUCUCGUGAGGAGGCGCUGGCGUUAAUGAAUCGGAAUCUGGACCUUUUGGAAGGAGCGAUCAUGUCCGCAGCAGAGCAGGGUGCACAUAUUAUCGUGACUCCAGAAGAUGGUAUUUAUGGCUGGAACUUCAGCAGGGAAUCUCUCUACCCCUACUUGGAGGAUAUCCCACACCCUCAAGUAAACUGGAUCCCCUGUAAUAAUCCUAACAGAUUUGGCCACACCCCAGUACAAGAACGACUCAGCUGCUUGGCCAAGGACAACUCUAUCUAUGUUGUGGCAAAUAUUGGGGACAAGAAGCCAUGCAAUGCCAGUGACCCGCAGUGUCCCCCUGAUGGCCGUUAUCAAUACAACACUGAUGUCGUGUUUGAUUCUCAGGGUAGGCUGGUGGCACGCUACCAUAAGCAAAAUCUUUUCAUGGGUGAAGAUCAAUUCAAUGCACCCAAGGAGCCUGAGGUUGUGACUUUCAACACCACCUUUGGAAGGUUUGGCAUUUUUACGUGCUUUGAUAUACUCUUCCACGAUCCUGCUGUUACCCUGGUGAAAGACUUCCACGUGGACACCAUACUCUUCCCAACAGCUUGGAUGAACGUUUUGCCACAUUUGUCAGCUAUUGAAUUCCACUCAGCGUGGGCUCUGGGCAUGGGGGUCAAUUUCCUUGCGUCUAAUAUACAUCACCCCUCAAUGAAGAUGACAGGAAGUGGCAUCUAUGCACCCAAUUCUGCAAGAGCAUUUCAUUAUGAUAUGAAGACAAAGGAGGGAAAACUCCUCCUCUCACAACUGGAUUCCCACCCACACCGCCCUGUAGUGGUAAAUUGGACAUCUUAUGCCAGCAGUGUGGAAGCACCCUUGACUGGAAACCAGGAAUUUAAGAGCACUAUCUUUUUCGAUGAAUACACCUUUGUGGAGCUCAAAGGAGUCAUGGGGAAUUACACAGUAUGUCACAAAGAUCUCUGUUGUCAUCUAAGCUACACGAUGUCAGAGAAGAGAUCAGAUGAAGUUUAUGCCCUAGGGGCAUUUGAUGGACUGCACACCGUGGAAGGACGCUAUUAUCUACAGAUUUGUACUCUGGUGAAGUGUAAAACGACUGACUUAAACACUUGUGGUGACUCAGCUGAAACGGCUUCUACCAGGUUUGAAAUGUUCUCCCUCAGUGGCACUUUUGGAACCCAGUAUGUCUUCCCUGAGGUGUUGCUGAGUGACAUUCAGCUUGCACCUGGAGAAUUUCAGGUGUCGAGUGAUGGACGCUUGUUUAGCCUGAAGCCAACAUCUGGACCGGUCUUAACAGUGACUCUAUUUGGGAGGCUGUAUGAGAAGGACGGAGCAUCAGAUGCUUCAUGAGACCUCAUAGCGGAAGCACUAAGAAUAAUGCUAGCAGUUAUAAUAUGUAUUGUGUACUCAUUAAGUUGAUAGACUAUUUACAUUUCUCUCUUUUAUUUGAGAUAAUUUAAAAAAUGAUGGAUGAAGAAAGAAAGAUUGGCCUGGCUUCUGCAAAUAGUGUUCUCUGGUAUAAGUGAAUUACUAAUUUCUUUUUAUUUAGAAAAACACACACACACCAGAUAAUAAAAGUUUUAUAUAAUAUCUAUUAAGGUAGAUUUAAAAAACUGUAUUUGAGCAUUGAUCUUUCUUGGAAUUAGGCUGUUUCUAUCAAAUGAGUAUCAAAAAUGUUUAUGCAGAAGAAAUAAAAAUUACAGUUAAAAAAGCAUGUCCAAACUACCAUCAAAGACACUUACUAGGAGUCUAAAUGUAUUACCACUUUUAUUAUAACACAUAUCUCUUAUUCAGUUCUGCUGAAAAUUUCCAGCAAUUUUAUUUGUUUGCUCUGUUAGUUAUUUACCUAAACAAUACGUUUCAAUUCUCUUAUGGGCUGAAGAGUGUCCCCUGCCAUUCAUAUGUUGGAGUCCUAACCCCUGGUACCUCAGAAUGUGACUGUGUUUGGAGACAGGGUCUUUAAAGAGGUAAAAUAAGGUCAUCAGGGUGGACCCUAAUCCAAUAUGACUGGUGUUCUCACACGAAGAGGAGAUUGGAACACAGACACGCACAAGGGGAGACCAUUAUGAAGACCAUUAUGAAGGACAACUAUUUACGAGCCAAGGAGAGAGGCCGUUAGAAGAAACCAACAUUGAUGACACCUUGAUCUUGGACUUCCAGGCACCAGAAUCAUGAGAAAGUAAGUUCUGUUGUUGACGUCACCCAGUCUGUGGAACUUUGUCACAGGCAGCCCCAUCAAACUAAUACAAAGACCAAUUUCUGCCCCCCUCUUCCCCACCACCACUUUCCACCAAAAUCUGAAGGUUGAGACAAAAUUCUUACCUCCUAAGAAUACUCAGCUGGUCUGGAUCCCCAAGAUUCCAAUAGACAGUCUUAGAGAGGGAUUGUUGAUGGAUUUAUAGUGAAAUCAUCAGAUCAUUGAAUACCUCUGGAAUUAGGAAACCAGAAAGUGCCAUUCUAAGAAAUUAUGUAUUUAAUCUAGCAUUAAAUGUUUUUUUUCCAGUAAUAGCAGAAUCUCUUGACAUUAUAUAGCUUAGUGAAACAAAGAAUAUCUUUUAAGUUGAAACAUCUCUCCACCGAUAGACUGUCACAUAGCACUCAAAUCAACCUCACACUACGUAAAAUGUGCCUUUCUGCACAGGACAGCAGGGUCCUUGCAGCAGUGAUUCAUGCCAGCAAGACAUCAUUUUGAAACAAACACCUUUGUGACAGAUGUUUUUCCUAAAAAAUACUACAUCAUCCAAAAAAUAUUUGAAUAAAAUCAUCUUGUGCUUUUGGGUGACAUUAA